AUGCCGCCUCCACGAAACGCAGUCCUUGCACUGCUGGGCUGCGUGCUCGUCGCGGCACAUGCUCAAGCUGGGAAAAGGCAUUCCGCUGAACUGCACCGUCGAUCAACCGAAGACGUGAGUCUCACUUCCCUGUUCGACAAGCUCGGCAUCAAGAUUCCAUUCUUGGGCGCCGUCCCUUCUGGCGGAGACCGCGAUUCCCUUUCCUUCAACUCCGACAACUCCAAUGCCGCCGACGUCGCCAAAGUUGCACGGGAUGCGCUUCGAAAAGCGGAAGAGGCGCUCGAGGGAGCGGAAAAGGAGCUGAACGAUUCGCUGCAUUUACCGUUGCGCAAGCUUUCAGCCAGCCAUCGCAUCGACGCAUCUGCCCUGUCACUGCUCCAUGCACGUCAACAUCAGCAGAGCAUCGUGGCGCCCUUUGCCGACGGAGGAGCUGGAUGGGUCGAAUCUUUCAGGAUAGCGCAAGACCUCGUUGGCAAGAUGACGCUGGAGGAGAAGGCAAAUAUGACGGCGGGUGCGAAUGGCCCGUGCAUCGGCUCUACCGGCUCUGUUCCCCGUCUCGGCAUUCCUUCGCUCUGCUUCAGCGACGGACCCACGGGUGUGCGUCAAGCUUUGAACGUCUCCCAGUUCCCAGCAGAAGUGACUGUCGGGGCUACUUGGGACCUUGAUCUGGUUGGCAAAAGAGCCACGGCAAUGGCUGAAGAGUUCAGAGAUAUCGGCAUUAAUGUCAUGUUUGCUCCCGUCACCGGUGGACCUCUUGGUCGCAGUCCGCAAGGAGGUCGUAAUUGGGAAGGUUUUGCUACGGAUGAGUAUCUCACCGGGCGGGCUUCUUAUGUGAGCGUCAAGGAUGCCCAAGCUGCCGGCAUCGUGGCGGGAGCCAAACAUUUCAUCUUCUAUGAGCAAGAAACUUCUAGAAAUGUCAGGACCAUCUUGCCAGUCCUUCAGCAGCCUAUCGACUCUGUGGUAGAUGACAAGACGGCCCACGAGCUCUACAUGGUGCCCUUUGCUGAAGCCAUCAGGGCCGGGGCGGGGCAGAUCAUGUGCUCGUACAACAAGAUCAACGGCACCCACGCCUGUGAGAGCUCGAAGAGUCUCGCGGGGCUUUUGAAGACCGAGCUGAAUUUUCAAGGCCACGUCGUCUCUGAUUAUGGAGGAGCAUGGAGCGACUCCACCGUAGGAUUGGACGUUCUCAUGCCAGGCGAUGGCCUCUACGGAGUUCAACCAAAUUUCUUUGGCUCUCACGGCUCGAAACUGAUCGAAAACGUCGAGAACGGCAAGCUGACUGAAACGCGUUUGGACGACAUGGUCAUUCGUCUGUUGACACCCAUCUUGCAGUACCAAGGUGGUGAUUUGAGCAAGCUUCUGCCGAACCCCGAUCAGCUCAAUGUCAAGCCUACCGGCAAUAAGAAUGUCCAGGGAGACCACCAUCAGAUCAUUCGCCAGAUUGGAACUGAAAGUCUGACCCUCUUGAAGAACACCGUGGAUGGCAAGACUGGGUCUGGUGGUGCUACUGGAUUGCCGCUUGACCUGAACAAAAUCAAGAAGAUCGCGGUAUCAGGUCAAGAUGCGGUGUCCUCUCUGGACAAUCGUAAAACCUGCAACAAUCUGGGCGAAUGUGUCUUGAAGGAUUUCCAAGGCGUUGUUACUACUGGCACGGGAUCCGGUUCCACCACUCCGCCCUACAUUAUCGAUCCGCUAGCUGCCAUUCGGAGCUACAUCGCCAAAGCGGACAAGGACAGAGCAGUGACAGUCACUAGUUCACCCAACCCUUUCGUCUUCCUUGGAGCAGUGUGGGAGGCGAAAAAUGCGGAUGUCGCCCUCGUCUUUGUAAGCGCCACGGCUGGAGAGGCGAGCGACCGUAACGCGGAUCUCAAACUCGACCACAAUGGUGAAGAUCUCAUCAAGGCGGUUGCCGCUGCCAACAAUAACACCAUUGUGAUCAUACACGGUCCAGGUCCCGUUAUUGUCGAGGAUUGGAUUGAUCUGCCAAACAUUCGCGCCGUCUUGUACGCCUACUACCCUGGGCAAGAAGCCGGCUCAUCUCUCACACCUGUUCUUUUCGGAGAUGAAUCGCCGUCCGGCAAGCUUCCUUUUGUGAUGGCGAAGAAAACCUCAGACUGGCCCGCCAACACCCUUGUCAAGACGUUGAGCCUGAACCCCCAAGCGACGUUUGCUGAAAAGCUACUGAUCGAUUGGCGUUGGCUGGACGCCAAGAACAUCGCUCCGCGCUUCCCCUUUGGCUUUGGUCUCUCCUACACCACCUUCUCUUAUGGGGAAUUGCAAGUUAAAAAGCAGUUCAAGGCGGACUCGACAUCCAUCCAAAGGACAAAGGAACCCUUCGUCAGCUCAGUUUCGCCCGGCGACUCUCUGUACGACGAGCUCUUCAGCGUGAACCUGCCCAUCACCAACACGGGUGAUCGCACAGGUAAAGAGGUGGUGCAGCUCUACUUGUCGUAUCCCGCUUCUGCCACACAGCAACCUCCUCACGCGUUGCGCGGAUUCGCAAAAGUGCAAAUCGCGGCAGGCCAAACUCGAACCGUCAGCAUGCAGCUUACAAGGAAGGACUUGUCCAUCUGGGACGUGGUGCAGCAGAAAUGGGUCAUCCCGCGAGGCACCUUUACGCUCUUUGCAGCAAAGAGCAGUGCCGACUGGACCAACGCCAAAAAGGCCAAUUUCACUGUCUGAGUUGAUCUCUGAUCAUGCUCGUCCGUCGAGUGCCAUUGUUGCACUGCUCAGUUCGCUCCAUACCAGUUGCCUUCUUGCGCUUCUGUCUAAUGCAUACAUUGCCUCCAUCGUACUCCAUCAGUCCGCUCCGAAGAAUCUUGAAGUGACCUAGGGAUGUGCGCUCAUCUGUCAAUUCAGCUAUCAUCUCACGUCCAGCGGCCUCGAUUCAAGACUGCUUUGGA